GAUAUAUAAAAUAAGGCAACAGCUCACAAAGGAGACAUAGCACUCAUCAUUGAAUGUAGUUAAAGUCUCCUCCCUAUGCUCUCCGAUCUGAUCCAUAAUAUUUGUAUAGUUAUCUAUUACUACAUUCACCGUAACUUCACACCGGAGAGACUUCUUACAAGUAGAGUUAAAAGAAGAGAGAGAGAAAAUGGUGGUAGGUGUCAAUUUCAAGGAGAUUAGAACCAAGAAGACUUUGAUUGGCCUUGGUUUGGGACAGCUCCUCUCACUUCUUUCUACUUCUAAUGGUUUUACAUCUUCUGAGCUCGCUAGGAAAGGGAUCAAUGUUCCAACAUCGCAAACAUUCCUAAAUUAUGUGUUACUGGCAAUCAUAUAUGGAGGUAUUAUGCUGUGUCGAAGACCAGAAAUUAAGGUGAAAUGGUAUUACUAUUUCCUCCUUGCUUUAGUUGAUGUGGAGGCGAAUUUUGUUGUGGUGAAGGCUUAUCAGUACACAUCGUUGACAAGUGUCAUGCUAUUGGACUGCUGGGCGAUCCCUUGCGUUUUGGUCUUGACUUGGGUUUUCCUGAAAACAAAAUACAGACUGAUGAAGAUCAGUGGUGUGGUUAUCUGUAUUGUUGGUGUUGUUAUGGUAGUCUUCUCAGAUGUUCAUGCAGGGGAUCGAGCUGGAGGAAGUAAUCCUAUCAAAGGAGAUUUUCUUGUCAUAGCUGGGGCAACCUUAUAUGCAGUCAGUAAUGCCACUGAGGAGUUCGUUGUGAAGAAAAAUGGAGGAGACACAAUUGAGUUGAUGACCUUUUUGGGAUUUUUUGGUGCCAUUAUUAGUGCCAUUCAGAUAAGCAUAUUUGAACGUAGUGAGCUCACAGCGAUUCACUGGUCAACUGGAGCUGUUUUUCCUUUCCUUAGAUUUGCACUCACAGCGUUUCUGUUCUACUCAUUAGUCCCGGUAUUACUCAAGACUAAUGGUUCAACAAUGUUCAACCUCUCGUUGCUCACAGCAGACAUGUGGGCAGUUAUGAUACGCAUUUUCGCAUACCAUGAGAAGGUGGACUGGCUAUACUUCUUGGCUUUUGCUACUACAGCUAUAGGACUGAUCAUAUACUCAAUUAAGGAAAAGGAUCUUGAGGAACACAGAAGUGGAGAGGCGGUUGACGAGGAGGCUGAGCGGAAAAAGUUGAUCGACGAGGAUGGUGAUCCGGGAUCCUAACCACAGCGGGUUUUCUCAAUGUCAUCGACUGUGAGAUUAUUACUUCCAGAAAAAACAAAGGAACUUACAAAUUCAUCUGUAACAAUUGGUACAAUAAAGAGAAAAGGGGCUUUAUUUGAUCUUAGUUGUAAAAAACGAAUGAAGAUUUACCUUGUGAGAACAACAUUGGACGUAUUAUAGAAGUUACAUCAAUUGUAUCAACUUCUCUUUA